UUCUCAGGGUAGUAGUAGUAGUAGUAAGAGGAGGCGACUGUAUGCGGCUCCUGUUCCUUCAGCUGUGUUAGCAUUGAGGCUAAUCAAUGACAGCUCGGUGUCUCUUUCGCUCAUCACCCGCCAUCACACACACUCCAUCCUCCGCUGCUCUGUCAUCACUGUCUCUAUCAGCUGCGGGCGAGGAAGAGGAGGAAAUGUCCGACAUUUUGUUCCUUAUCGUCUGAGGAGUCGGCGGUGUUUCCAGUUGACGAUGAAUGGCCUGUCUGUCAGUGAGCUGUGUUGCCUGUUCUGCUGUCCUCCAUGCCCAAGCCGUAUAGCCGCUAAGUUGGCCUUUCUGCCACCUGAGCCCACCUACACCCUCCUGCCCGAUCUGGAAGCAGGCCCCGUGUCCACCAGCUCCACCACGGCACCUGGUCUGCGCUCUCGAGGUGGCACUGGAGUCGGAGCAGCAGGAGGUGGAGGAGGCGGCGGUGGAGGAGGCGCCAGUGGUGGAGGAGGUGGAGGAGGAGGAGGAGGAGGAGGCGGAGGAGUUAGUUUAGGAGCAGGCGGAGAGGGGCGCUGGAAGCUCCAUCUCACAGAACGGGCCGAGUUUCAGUACUCUCAGCGGGAGCUGGACGUCACCGAAGUGUUCCUGACGCGCACGAGUCGAGGGAACCGAGUGGGCUGCAUGUACAUCCGCUGCGCUCCCACAGCACGGUUCACUGUGCUCUUCUCCCACGGUAACGCUGUCGAUUUGGGGCAGAUGAGCAGUUUCUACAUCGGCCUCGGGACGCGCAUCAACUGCAACAUCUUCUCCUACGACUACUCGGGUUACGGCGUGAGCACGGGAAAACCGUCCGAGAAGAACCUGUACGCGGACAUCGACGCGGCGUGGCAGGCUCUACGCACGCGAUACGGCAUCAGCCCCGAGAACAUCAUCCUGUACGGCCAGAGCAUCGGCACGGUUCCCACGGUGGACCUGGCGUCACGCUACGAGUGUGCGGCCGUCAUCCUGCACUCUCCGCUCACCUCGGGCAUGAGGGUGGCCUUCCCCGACACCAAGAAGACCUACUGCUUCGACGCCUUCCCCAACAUAGAGAAGGUAUCGAAGAUCACAUCUCCAGUGUUGAUCAUCCACGGUACGGAGGACGAGGUGAUAGAUUUCUCUCACGGCCUGGCCCUGUAUGAGCGCUGCCCCAAAGCCGUGGAGCCGCUGUGGGUGGAAGGGGCGGGGCACAAUGACAUCGAGCUCUACAGCCAGUACCUGGAGCGUCUGCGCAGGUUCAUCGGCCAAGAACUGGCAACCCAGCACACCUGAGGACCUCACCCCUCUCUCUCUCUCUCUCUCUCUCUCUCUCUCUCUCGCUCUCUGACCCGUUUACACUUCCUGUUUCAUUCAUCUCAAUAAUUAAGAAUUUGUGUCUGACAGUAACCCAAAGCUCCUUUAAGCCGGAUUUAAACCAGCGCUCCUUGACGUCUGCGACUGCGUUACAGAAUAUUAACGCAUACACGCUCUACAUUAUUAUACUUUUAUUUAUUCAUUUGCUAUUUCAUCAUAAAUAAAGCACCGAGUGCUUAGACACACCACUCUACCUCCAGAGAUAGCGCCAAGUACGAUGUUCUGUUUAUCGUAACAGAGCUAGAAUUAUUUAAAUAAAACAAAAAACUAUCAGAUAAAUUAGCUACAUAAAAUAAAUAUUUAAAAUAAAAUUCUAGUUUAUAUUAUUUUUUUUUAUAUCUGAUUAAUGAUAUAUAAAUAAAUGGAAUUCUGUCGGAAGUUGCGAGUGGUUUAUUGCGAGGGGGGAAGUCAAACGAGAACCUGCAGCUAAUUAAAAUCUUAUUACAAUUUUCUUCUAAUUGACUCGUCCUCGUGGCGUUAAUUCAAUUAACUCAUUUUCAUCUAACGACCAAAUCAAUGUCAUUUUUACUGUAAGACGGGAAACAUUUGUAAUAUAAAUCGUUUGCACGCUUUGGCCUUCCCUCGUCAAUUCUCUCUCUUUUAAAACGCUUUGAGUUCCCUUUUAUGGAAAAAAAGGGGCGGAGUUGCCUUUUAUGGGGGGGAGAGGGCCGGGCUGAACGCAUUCUGGGAAAACGUGUUUUGUUGGCUUUAAGAUAGCCAGAUAACUUGAGUGAUCAUGAGUUACUGUAUUUAUUUAUUUGUUUUUAUCUUUUCCAGUUAAAUGUUUUGUUAAUUGAUAUAUAAAACAAAUAAUAAUAAAAAUAUAGUCGGUGAGCGACGAUACUGACAUGACGUGAGAUUUUCCCGACGUUUUCUUUCUCUUGUAUCCUGAAGAGCAAUAUUAUAAACCAUGUUUUUUUAAAUACUUCUAGUGACAAUUUAUAAAGUGACACACCGCUGCUUUAAAAAUUGUUUACGUUAAAUCCAGGCGUGUGUAAAUGGACACGGGUGUGUAAACGGAGUCUUUCUUUCUUUCUCUCUGUCUGUCUCUCUCUCUGGUGCCGGUGGGAGUGAGACAGCUGUCGAUAAACUGGCGCGGACUCCUCCCUGUUUGUUCGGAGGUUCUUGCUACUUGGAUGCGGUUGUUCUGACCUCCUGUGUGUGUGUGUGUGUGUGUGUGUGUGUCCUCGAUGAGCGACAGUGCUAUAAAACCACUCCAGGCUCUUCCUCGGUCAGACCUGCAGUUUAACUAGCCUCCUUACGUUAUUAGCUUAGCAUAAUCGGUUGUUAUUCAGUUUUUUUCCUGAACCCUCACGUUCUUUUUCUCUCAGAGUUUUAAAGGUUUCAGAUCCCGCUAUUAACCUCCACCUGGUCAUUAGCGCAGCGACGUAAUGAGCCGGCUAAUAACACCGGGAUUAGUGUAAGGCUCCGGAAUGCGUGACCUCGGGCCAGCGUCUUAGAACAUGAUAUCCAUGAAAGUGGAUAGUUUUUCCUUCCCUGUGUGAGGUCACACUCUCCCACAUGUCCUGCCUGUCUGUGUGUGUAUGUGUGUGUAUGUGUGUGUGUGUGUGUGUGUGAGAGAGAGAUGAAACCGAGCCCCUGCCACAUCUGAGGAACUCUCAGUGUAUUUCAUUCAUGUGAUCUAUCUCUCGAGGUGCCCGAAGCAGAGAUAAACUAAAUCUCGCCGUCUCUAGCUUUUGUCUCCAGAGGAUCAGAAUCUCAUGAAGACCACAAUCCCCUCCUUCCGUCAUCGAUACCGAAACCCCACCCCACCUCCCAGGGUGUGACCCCUGACUCAUCCCACUUACCUUUUUACUCCUCACCUUUGAUCAGCUCUUCUAAACUUCAGCACCACAUCAUGCUGAUGACGUCAUAAACAUAUUUUUUAUAAUAGUACGAUUAAUUUACAGUCAUUCCUUUUUGACUCAGAAGAGAAAGAGUGUGUCGGAGCAUCAGCAGCGAACGCUAGCUAGCUUUUCCUUUUUUUUUUGCAUUAAUUAAUAUAUUUGAUUAAACAACGAGGGAAAGUUUUGGCUCUAGUUCAUUCAUUGUUCACGGAAAAACAUUAUGGCAAAUAAAAAUGGCAGCUACAUUAAUAUAGUGAUUAAAAAAAAGCUGUUUGAAUGUACUGGGCUGUGGAUAUUCCUUACUGGUUUUUUCUUUAUUAUUAUUAUUAUAAAUUAAUUAAUUUUUUUAAAGAAAUGAGCACCUGAUCAUUUAAUUCAAUGGAUUUUUUUUAUUAUUAUUAUUUUGAAAUUUAUAUUUCAUAAAGCGCAGGAAUUGUAAUCACCUGUUGUUGCAGUACUCAGUAUGUCCAGUAGGACAUGAUGAGAGCCACUGCAUUGGUAAUGAUGAAGCAAUGAAGGAAAUGACACCAGGAGUCUGACACACUGAUAGGGACAGAGCGACACUGUAUUUUUGUUUUUUCCUCUUUCUCCAGGGAUCAUGUUUUUCGGUGCUCGAUUACAAAUAUGAAGCAAUUUUGAAUCAGCUACAAUUCGAUUCAGAUUCUAUUCAGAUAUUCUCCGAUAGCAUUCACUCACUGAGAUGGAUUAGUUUAAAAAUAUCACGCUUUAAAAUAUUCUGGCCAAUGCUAGCAGUCGUUUAUCAUUUCUCAGUAAUAAUCCGUUUGUAAUGAUUCACUCAUCAUUGGCUGAUUGAUUCUUGCAUCGAUUCGUUUCCGGAAAUCGAUUCAUCGAACCGAAUCGUGACUCGUUUACACCCCUAAUGAUGAGUUGAACCAAUGACGAGCAAAGAUCUCGACAGAUAAUCAAAAUAAAAGGACAUCUGCAGUCAUUUGCAGUCAGCCAGAUUAAAAACCGAGAUAAAUUUCUAAACGUAAAGAUGACCCAAAAGUCGUCGUAAUGAUUCAGAAUCGAUUCGGUUCCAAUCAAACGAACCAGGCAGUGUGUGGAAGAGGAAAGAGCAGAGCCGAGGCACUGACGAAGCUCAAACUGUCGAGGGAUCGCUCGUGUGUGUGUGUGUGUGUGUGUGUGUGUGUGUGUGUGUGGGAGGACACAAGUGUUUGGAGGACAAGUGCUACACCGGGGCAGGCUUUGGGACUGUGGAUUAAAUUGUAAUAAAACUGAGUGUGUGUGUGUGUCACAGAGGACCCAGAUGAACUUGAGCUCCUUUCAAAGCUCCAGACCAACGUUUAAAACUCUUUUUUUUUUCUCUCUCUCUCUCUUCCUGAUUUAAAGCAGCUGUAAGUUGUGAUUUUUUUGUAAAGGCGCUCAGACGGACACAGCUCUGUCAGAUACACACACACACACCUGAUCAUGGAGCUUUAUUCCUUUGGGGUAUUUGUGUGUGUGUGUGUUUUUUUCUCCUCCUCCUCCUCCUCGGGGGUUAAACGGGUUUUUGCGGGUGGCGUGUGUGUCCUCGUCGUCUCUACUUACACGUUGUUUAUUAUAAUAUUAUAAUUAUUGCAAAAUUGUUGUUUUUAGUUUUUCCAGAUUAAAAAAAAGAUCUUAGAGAAUUAAAAAUAAUGAAUUGAUUAUUA